AUGAGCUCCGGGUUUAAAAACGAGCUCAAGGCACAAGGUGCCAUUGAAGCUGCUCAAGACCCCAAUAAUGCUGUCACCGCUGAGGACGCACAAAGAGUCAUCGUAGACGAGAGCAGAAAAGCGGGCUCGACGGCGCUGCACUUCGAUCCCGAUGCGUCGCCUGAGGAGAAGGCCGCGCAAGCCAGGCCGCGGGUCAACGAUACCGGUCGUCCUCCCAAAGGCGUUGGAAUUGCUACAGAUAUUGACGACGGUAAACCGGAUCAAUACGACCUCCCUACUCCCGAACCGUUGGCUGUAGCGGAGUCGAACAGGGCGUCCGGCGAUGCAUCUGGGGCUACAAAUGGGGCACCCCCUGAAGAAGAAGAAGACUGGACAAAGGUGGGUUGGACUCCACGGUUCGGGAGUGGCGAGACCCAAGAUGAUCAAGACGGUGGAAAUCUCCUCGAUCACCAAACUUUCCUGGAAGGAGCACUGGACGAGAAGUUCUACGGCGAUUGGUACCACAACGCUGCCGUGAUAAUAUUCGCUUGUCUUUCAUCAUGGCUCGUUGCCGUCCUCGGCGGUGGUCUAGGAUGGGUCUUUAUCAUCAUGGCCACGUGCGGGACAUACUACCGGACCUCUGUCAGGCGUGUACGACGCAACUUCAGAGACGACAUCACUCGAGAGCUUGCAAAGGCCCGCCUGGAGACCGACAACGAAAGCCUGGAAUGGAUGAACAGCUUUCUGGUAAAGUUCUGGCCGAUUUAUGCACCUCAACUAGCAAAGGGCAUCAUACAGUCUGUCGACCAGGUUCUCAGCACCUCGACCCCAGCAUUCUUGGACAGCAUGCGAAUGGAGACGUUCAUUCUAGGCACCAAGCCUCCACGGAUGGAACAUGUCAAGACUUAUCCCAAGUCGGAGGAUGACAUUGUCAUGAUGGACUGGAAAUUCAGCUUCACGCCGACCGACACCAUGGAUAUGACGAUGCGGCAGCUCAAAACCAAGAUCAACCCGAAGGUGGUGCUGGAAAUCCGUAUCGGCAAAGGUGUUGUCAGCAAAGCCAUGAAAGUCAUUGUUGAAGAUUUCGAGUUUUCGGGUCUGAUGCGAGUGCGCAUAAAACUGCAGAUUCCAUUUCCUCACAUCGACAGAGUCGACGUAUGCUUCCUCGAGCGCCCAACCAUUGACUAUGUCUGCAAACCAAUUGGCGGAGAGACAUUUGGGUUCGACAUCAAUUUCAUCCCUGGGCUGGAAACAUUCAUCAAAGAACAGAUCCAUGGAAACCUGGCCCCGAUUAUGUACGCGCCAAACGUGUUCCCGAUCGAGGUCGCCAAGAUGCUGUCCGGCAAUCCAGUUGACCUGGCAAUAGGCGUUGUGGCCGUCACUAUAUACAACGCCCACGGUCUGAGAAAUCCAGAUAAAUUCUCUGGAACGCCUGAUCCUUAUGUCGUCGUCUCCCUGAACGGCUCAAAGGAGCUUGCCCGCACCAAAACGAUCCAUGAAGACCACAACCCACGCUGGAAUGAGACACUGUACAUUAUCAUCACAAAUUUCACAGACGCUCUUACUUUGGAAGUCUAUGACUACAACGAUGUCCGCAAAGACAAGCAUCUCGGCACCGCUACGUUUGCGUUGGAUCAAUUCGAAACCGCUCCAGAUCACGAGGGCUUGUCACUUGAUGUUCUCGCAAACGGCAAGUCUCGUGGGAUCGUCCAAACGGACUUGCGUUUCUUUCCUGUUUGGCAACCUCAUAAGCUUCCAACGGGUGAAAUCACUCCUCCUCCAGAAUCCAAUACUGGGAUCGCUCGGAUCACUGUCGAACAAGCCAAGGAUCUUGAUGGCAGCAAGAGCUUGGUUGGAGCUUUUGAUCCGUACGCCGUGCUGUUGCUGAACGGCAAAGAAAUCCACACUACCAACAAACUCAAGCACACCAACAAUCCUGUCUUCUCGGACAGUACAAAGUCGGUCCUCAUUACCGACCGGAAGAAGGCAAGGAUUGGAUUGGUUAUCAAGGACAGUCGAGGUCUGUCCAGUGAUCCAAUUAUAGGCAGUUACCAGAUCAAAUUCGAUGAUUUACUCAAACUGGUCGACAAGGGCCAGGAAUGGUAUAAUCUCCACGGAACAAAGAGUGGCAAGAUCAAGUUGAUGCUGGACUGGAAACCGGUCGAACUGAAGGGUGUUACCGGGUCUGGAGGUUACGUUACUCCAAUUGGAGUUAUGCGAAUCCAUGUCAAAAGCGCACAGAACUUACGAAACUUCGAGACGCUCGGCAAGUCGGACCCAUACGCACAAGUGUUGCUGUCUGGCAUUCCCAAGGGCCGCACAGUCACGUUUCAGAACCAGCUUAAUCCCGAGUGGGAUGAAGUCAUUUAUGUCCCAAUGCACUCGUCAUCUGAACGGCUGGUUUUGGAAGUUAUGGAUGAAGAAAAGCUUGGGAAAGAUCGUUCCUUGGGCCUCGUCCACAUUGUGGCCGCAGACUACAUCAGAGAAAGCGAUGAAGGUGGGUAUGAAGUUAACGAUGUGAAGACGCCCCUUUCUGAGGGCUUGCGCAUGGGCGGAAUUGGCGAAUCCAAAGGUACGAUCAACUACACCGUCUCUUUCUAUCCCACGUACAACGUCGUGGACCCGGAGGACGAAGAGGACGAACGCAAAGCGCAAGCUGCCAUUGAUGCUGCUGGCACACCAGUCGCGACACCUGCCCACAGCAAGGCGCCGUCACUGGAGGCCAAACCCUCCGUCGAUAUUCCGCGGCCAAGCCCAGAUCUCCGACAGAGUCUCGAAACGGCUGGUAAGAUUGGUCAGCCUAAUGGCGCUUCAUCUAUCACCACCAGCUCAGUCAUUUCAACGCCGCCCAAGCAGGCACCCAAGAUCAGAUUAACCCCGGAGAACCUCAAUCAAUAUGAAUCCGGACUCCUCGUAUUCAAUUUGGUCGAGGGACAUUUCUCGACCACCGAUGUUCACCUUGAGGUGCUGAUGGAUGACCAUGCUUUCCCUGCGUAUAGCUCGGCCAAAAUCAGACAGCGGGAUCAUCAUUUUGGUGAGACUGCUGAUGCUAUGGUGCGCGAGAUCGACAUGUCCCGAAUUACCAUGCGGCUGGUGGAGAAGGCCGACAAGACUGGGAAGCAGGACGAGGAUGAUAUCGUUGCCAGGCUGACUGGUUCAACACUCACUACGCUACAGCAAUGCCUGUACAAGCCUACUGAGCUCACCCUCCGAAGCAACAAUGGGGCCAUCAACAAGGUGACCGUUAUCCUGAAAUAUUUACCCGUCAAAAUGCAGCUUGACCCCAGUGAAAGCAUCAACAACAUGGGUAUGCUUCGAGUCGAUGUGCUUGAUGCGGCAGAUCUUCCCUCGGCCGACCGUAAUGGAUACAGUGAUCCCUACUGCAGGUUCAGACUGAAUGGUAAAGAGGUGUACAAGACGAAGACACAGAAAAAGACGUUGCACCCGGCUUGGAACGAAUUCUUCGAAGUGGCAAUUUCUUCCAGAACAGGAGCCGAAUUCAAAGUCGACGUGUACGACUGGGACUUUAGUGACAAGGCCGACCAUCUGGGUUCUGCAGCAAUCGAUCUGCGGGGCCUGGAGCCGUUCAAGCCCCAGGAGCUACGAAUCAAAUUGGAUGGCAAAUCGGGUGCCAUUCGACUGAGGCUGUUGUUCAAGCCUGACUACGUUACCAGGACUCGACAAGGCACUUCAACCUUUUCUGGUACAUUCGCUCCAGCAGGCAAGGUGAUUGGCGCUCCCGUCAAAGGUGUCGGUAAAGUAGGGGGCGGAGUUGUGAAAGGCGCAUCCUUCAUCAAACGCGGUCUGAUCGGACGUGGAAGCAAGGAAGAAGCCCCAUCAAGUGUCAAUGGAGCUGUGGCGACGGCGGAGGGUAUUGUUACCCCAAAUACUACACCGGCCAAAUCACAUCCUUAUCUGGACGGGUCCGCCUCUCCCGCGACACCAAAUGAACUCACGCAUACCCGUACCAAGAGCAGUUACUCGUCGGUGACCAAUACACCCCGAGGUGGAGAGACGGGAAUAGCAAGUUUCAUCAUCGUGUCAGCCAGUGGCUAUCCCCCUGGAGCCGAUGUCCGAGUCCAUGUUAAGAUGCUGGGUUCCCGAGGAGCAAAAGAAUUGUACAAGACCAAGGCGAUUAAAUCGAGUUCAGGGACUGUGGAAUACGACCCGAGUCACGAGAACUUCAAGGUGGCCUGUUCCGCCGAUACACAAUUUCAAAUUGUGGUCAAGGACCACGACACUUUCCGAUCCAGGGACUUGGGCGAAGGUCUUUUCUUCGUGUCCGACCAAGGCGGCGGGUCCGAGCAAAUCGUCAAAGCUGGACAAGGCAGUGUGACGAUUCGGAGCAACUUUACACCUAACGACACUGGAGUCUCCGACGGUCUCAAGCCUGCCAUCAGUAGGCAAGAUAGCCCGGAUUCGAGGCGGGAGGGACGACGGAGCUUCUUUGGACGGAGGGAGGUGAGCGGUAAGCAGGAUACUUCGUGA